CAUUGUCGCAGACUUCACCGAGGUUGUCUGUUGAUAACAGCAGCCUCUACUUCAGUCUGUAAAUAUACCAACCUAAACUAAUCCAAUGUAGAUUUUCUUCUUUAGUGUUACUACAAUUUUCGCAACCUUUUGUGAUUAACUAAUUACGCUUCACCAUGUCAUCAAAGGAUUCCAAGGCCAGGAGAAGCGAGUCAAGUACCCGCACAGAUGAACGAAAGCGGUCAAGGAGUAGUGGGGAAGACCAGCGUAAGCGGAAACGCAGUCGAAGCAGAUCGUCCUCGUCAUCCAGUUCGUCCUCAUCAUCUUCCUCUUCUUCCUCUUAUUCAUCCUCAUCGUCGUCUUCCUCAUCUCGCUCGUCCUCCCGCAGCAGAAGUAGCAGUUCCAGUAGCAGAGAUUCUCACAGCAAGUCAGGGAAGGCUCCAAAGAAGAGUAAAAAGGAGAAGCUCAAUAAAAAGAAGGGAAAGAAGGAGAAAAAGAACAAACGGAAAAAGGACAAGAAAUCCAAAGGAGAGGAGGAACCUUCUGGACCUGUGCAGAUCUCAAAGUACCUGAAAGACAAAAAGAAGGGCAAGUUCAGCAUGAUCUCAGGGAGGAAGAUCAAAAUGAAAAUGAAGAAGACAAAGACAGACAAGCAGAGGGACAAAAAUCGUGCAGAGCUGCUUGAGUUUCUCAAUUCCACAUUAUAACACAGACGAAGCUGUGGGCUUCACUCCCAGAAUCCUUCCCUACAUGUCUGUGGGCAGGAUCCUCCCCUUGUGACCAGUCACAAAAAUACUCAGGGAAAGGCCAGCGUUCCAUUGGCGUUCUGUGUGUGAUUAGUGAAAAGGUCACAAAAAGCAGUGGAGUAUUGGAUGCCCGUGUCCACCAUGUGUGUUGGAGACAUGGCAGCUGAAGUGCUGUGAACUAUCUCUCUCUAUUAAACGACAGAACACAAAUCUUGUGUAUUAGACUUGUCAGGGUAUAAAACAUACAUCCUAUUGAUUGGGAGUUCCCCAAAAGUCAUAUGCAACAGUUGGCUGUUUAAAAUGAAACGCUUUUUGUUAGUCCGUUUUUACUAUUGCUUUAGAUGAUGACACCCUUCCUGUAUGUGUAAUAGGAUUCUAUAUUUUUAUUUGAAAACCAUUCUAAUUGUGGAUUCUGGACUGUUUUCAAACUACAUUGUGAUACUAGGCUUCCCGGUCCUGCAGGUGUGAAAUAUUUGAGGUACAGUUGCCACUGUGGUCUACACACCACACUGUCCAUAGGACCAUACAAGUUGACUGUGGACUUUAAGCACCCUGUUCAAAAUGGUUGUGUAAAUGUCUGACAGUACAAUAAAUCAUCUUCCACAUUGA